AUGCCCCCAAAAUGGCUCCAAGACGCGACUGCCUCGGCCACCCCCGAGGACUCUAUCCCCUCACCCCCGCCCCCACGAGGCGGAAACUUAAAAGCUCAGAACCAGGCAACUGUCAGCUGGGGGCUGGGGGGACCGGUGCGGAACAUUAGGAACGGGAGCCCAGAGAGCCCCGGGGGACAAGCGACAGUUCAGGGCAGGGCGCAGAGGCCGGCGGAGGCCGGCGUGCGGCCCGGGCCGCAGCGGCGCGGCCCGGGCGAGGGGACCCCGCCGGGGCUCCCCACUGUCUCGCUGCGCGCACACACGCCCCGCACACGCACGCCGGCCCGGACAGCCCCGCCGAGGCGCCCGGGCGGGGCCCCGUCCCGCCACCCUCCCCAGCGCCGCCACCCCCGGCCCGGCCCCCCGAGAGCCGCGGCACGGAAGACGCUCCACUCACCUGAGUUUCUCCAUGUCUGCGGCAGAGGCCUGCGAGAGACCAAACGAGAGGGUCAGCAGGCAGGAGGGCGCCCCGCGGCCGCGCCGGGCGGAGCCGGGCCCCGCGGGCACAGGCGCGCGCGGCGGCGGGGCGCCCCCGCGGGGCUCCGUCUGCGGGAAGCCCGGCCCCGCGCGCCCCUCGCCCCGACCCCCAGCUCCGGCCGCCGUGACUCAGUGGGCGCUCCGGGCCGCGGCCGAGUAACAGGUGAGCCCGCCCGGGCCGCCGCGCUACCCGGCACCGAGUUACAUCCCCCGGGGCGAGCAGGGGGCCGGCCCGGGGACGCGGGAUGGCACGGCCCGGGCGGACGCGGGGACACCGGCCUGUCCCCGGUAACUCUCGGGCGGCCGCGGCCCCCGCCGCUCCCCACGCCCCGCCCGUUAACCCCUCCCGCCCCGCGCUCCCUCCCGGGUGGAGCGGAGCCCCGGCAUCGCAGAAGCUCCGAGUCGGGGCAUGUUCGAGCCGCGGAGUCGGGGGCUGCACAAGCCGACACUCACACUAGCCGAGGGCGACGGCGUGUGGGACCUCGGGCUUCUCAGUCGGGGACCCCGCUGCCCUCAGGUUCCGGGGUUCCGGGCCUGGCCAGCCCCUCCCGGGCCCGAGGGAUUAACCCUUGUGCUCCCGGCUCGCCCGCGGGGCUCCCUGCCGGGCUUGCGCAGACCCGCCGGCGCGCGGCUUGGAGACCCUCCCUGCCCUCCCCGCGCAGUCGGGCAGCCCCUUCGCGCACCGGGCGGGGAGACCCACCCGCCACCGUUAACCCCGUGGGCGCCGGCGAGCGACAGGGACCGCGAGCGGCCCGGGCGGGAUCGCACUUCCUGCGUGGAGCGGGGGGCGCGGGGCGGGCUCUCCAGCGCCCGGGAGAGGCCGCUCCCGGGGGCUUUCCCCGUCUUUCCGUGCCAUGA